ACUAAGUAAGACCUGCUCAAGGAAUAUGCGACGAGCUUAACUAGAACACGUAUGGCAUGGACAAGGUAGUUUUCUCAUUUUGUCCAUCUUACAAGAUACCCGAUGUACUGAGGGUGCGAAUUGGCGUUGUGGAAGGAGUACAAGCUGAUUUUCCGUUAAUUUGUACAUUACAGCUUUUUUCUAGCGACACAGCUCUUUCUUUGCAUUACAGACGAUUUGUCAUUCGCACAGACGGACCUCUCGGUUUUUUGGAAAUUAAUGAUUCAGACGAAUGGCUGAAAUUUCCUGUUCGUUUACGAGAUUUGCCAUUAAACAGUAAACUUGUGAUUGCCAUCUGGGAAACAAAUAAGGAAGGUUACGAUCCUUUAAAGUGUAUUGGAAAAGCGUCUUUGCCUGUCUUCUCGUCGGAAGGAAUCCUUAAACAAGGACUUCAGAAAGUACAUCUUUACUUACAGUCUCCAAGUGAAACAGCAAUUAAGAAUGAAGUCAGUCCGAAUUUGAGACGGUUAGAACAGUUGGACCACUUUCUCAUACAGUACAAGAGUGGUGAAAUACAUCGCAUUUCAUGGUUGGACAAAGCUGUUUUGGAGAAGCUUAAACUGGAACGCUCGAAUGCUUUAAAAUCGUUAGACCAUCCAGUCAUCUAUAUGGAACUUCCGCAAAUUGGCGUUCCCAUCAUUUAUCAAGAACGGAUUUAUGAUGAAGGAAUACCACAGGUGUCCUUCGACCUUGGAAUGUGUUUUGAGAAUCCUGCGGAACUGAAGCACAGGAAACUUGUGCGUUCUCAACGCAAUGGUCCUCUCGACAGAGACCUGAAACCAAACUCAAAAAUUCGUGAUGAGCUUAACAUGAUUAUGUCGUACCCACCAAGUCAAGUUUUAACGAUUGAGGAGAAAGAUCUAAUAUGGAAGUUUCGGUAUUACUUAACGCGUGAUAAGCGUGCACUCACGAAGUUUCUUAAGUGUGUACAAUGGUCGGACGAAAGUGAAGUGCAUCAAGCCAUUUCGUUACUAUCUAGUUGGACGGAAAUAAGCAUUGACGAUGCGUUGGAAUUACUUGGUCCUUCUUUCAAGCAUCCGAAAGUUCGCGCAUAUGCUGUCUCAAGAUUAAGAACUGCCACAAACGAGGAGCUGUUGCUGUAUUUGCUGCAGCUAGUGCAGGCUUUGCGUUAUGAAAACACGGAGAAGCAGUCCGAAAAUGAUCCUGAUAACUCACUCUCGUCUUUCCUUGUCUCACGGGCAGCAAAUUCGAAAAACAUAUGUAAUUAUCUCUACUGGUACUUACUCGUUGAAAUUGAAGACUCUCCAAAAAACUUAAUAUUCUCGGAAGUAAUGUUUGCCUUCCAAUCUAAUCUCUCAAAGACACCUGCAGGAUUGCAAACGCGUGAUGUUCUUGCAAAACAGGCUUCUCUCAUUGAAAAUCUCUUGAAAAUUAGUAAGGCUAUUCAGGCAUACCGCGGAACGCGGAAAAAAAAAAUAGAAUAUUUGAAAGAGCUGCUGCGCAAUGACACAUACAGUUUGUCUCGAUUUGAGGCAUUACCACUUCCACUCGACCCGAGUAUUGAGGUUUGUGGAAUCCAUCCCGAUGGCUGUUCCGUUUUCAAAUCAACCAUGCAGCCACUUCGUAUCCUGUUUCAGUGUACCGAUGGUUCUACGUACCCAAUUAUUUUUAAAAAUGGAGACGAUUUGAGACAGGAUCAAUUAGUCAUCCAAAUCUUAAUUUUGAUGGAUAACCUUCUAAAAAAAGAAAAACUGGACUUGAAGCUGAAGCCAUACAGAAUUUUAGCCACGGGCCCCACUCAUGGAGCAGUCCAAUUUGUACCAUCAAGGACUCUUGCCAGCGUUUUGCUCGAGUACCAUGGCAGCGUUUUAUCCUUUCUUCGCGAGAAAAAUCCAUCUGAUCGGUCAGAGGCACUUUACGGUAUUCAUCCGACUGCUAUGGAUAAUUACGUUCGCAGCUGCGCGGGAUACUGUGUCAUUACAUACUUACUAGGCGUUGGUGAUCGUCAUUUCGACAACUUACUCUUAACAGAUGACGGCCACUUCUUCCAUGCAGAUUUCGGCUAUAUAUUGGGACGUGAUCCCAAACUGUUUUCACCAGCAAUGAAACUCUCGAAGGAAAUGGUCGAAGGCAUGGGUGGGUACAACUCUCCUUUUUAUCAGAAAUUUAAGAGUUAUUGUUAUACAACGUUUACUGCGUUGCGAAAGUCCGCCAAUUUGAUAUUAAACUUGUUUUCCUUAAUGGUUGAUGCCAACAUUCCGGAUAUCAAAAUUGAUCGAGACAAGGUCGUGUUCAAAGUGAAAGAACGAUUUUGUCUGGAAAUUUCUGAGUCAGAAGCCAUCAAGUACUUUGAGCAACUGAUCAAUGAUUCCGUGAGUGCUUUGUUUCCCCAGAUUAUCGACCGUAUGCACAAUCUUGCUCAAUACAUGCGGUCAUGAUCCACUUUGUUUGCUUUCGUUUUUUCUCGUUUCCCUCAACUUCACGAACGUUUCGUUGUGCCUGAACCCUCCCCUAAUAGACGAGCACUCGGGAAGCCAUCCUCAUAAGCUCUUUUGUUUUUACUUGUGUACUGUAGUAUGAAUAGUUUACGAUUGUGUCAAUGUAUGACAAAGCAUAAUGAAUUUUAUAUGUUUGUUAACUAACUAA